AAUUCUUCGAAAAUGACGCAGUCUACGUAUUCAAUACCACCGCUUCAAAUUUUGACGUUCUUCAAGAUUUCAGAUCCUGUCGUUCCCCAAUUCUGAAGAAAUGUACUACUAGUAUAUUUUACAACCUUCAAGAAAAUAAAGGCUUCAUUUACUUUAAAUUCCCAAUAACAGCAAUUAGGGUUUUGUCACCCUGAAAAAAUUGCCCAGUUUCCAAUUUCGUUGGACCAUGUCUAUACGUAAAUCCUAUACAUUAGCAAAAAACUCUAAGAUGGGAGAAGCAUCAAACCCUGGAACUACUACAGAAUCAAACUCCCCAUUAAUGAAUGACAGUGGUACGAAUGCCAGAUUAAUUCCUCAAUUAUUUAACUCUGUUCCAACGCUUAACGAAGCUGCGUCUUUAAUUUCUCAAUCAACUUCGCUAUUCACCCGUUGUUUCACUGAUUAUUCUGUGGAUUAUUCUCCUACGGAUUCUAGGGAUUCAAUUACAGACGCUCAUGAGUUGUCGACGUUUUCUUCUGGACAAGGUGAGGAAGAUUUGGAUGGUGAUCGCCCUUCUACAAGUUUAAGUGAUUCAACAUUUUGUGAACCGUCAACAUCUGCUACUGCUCAACCUCUUAUCCACAAUGGACUUACGAGAACCUCCUCACAUGGCUCACCUCAAAAUAGUAGCGCGAUUGUACCAUUCAACUAUGGUUUCCAAAACGGGAUAUCUCUUUUUCAAGGGCUUAUUGAGCGAGCACGUAGGACAGUUCGUGGAUCUGCUGAUGAUAUUGGGUGGAUGCAACGUGCUUCAGAGUUGCCUCCGGUUGAAGAUGGAACAGGAAGGUUUAUGGAAAUUCUUGAUGACAUCAGGCAUGGUCUACACAAUUUGCCAAAUUCAUUGGUUUACUUGUUGGUUCCAGGUCUUUUUAGUAAUCAUGGACCACUUUAUUUUGUGGAUACGAAAGUGAGAUUCUCUAAGAUGGGUCUGACCUGUCACAUUGCCAAGAUUCACAGUGAGGCUUCAGUUGAGAAAAAUGCCAGAGAGAUAAAAGAGUACAUUGAGGAAAUCUAUUGGGGCUCCAACAAACGUGUCAUGCUUCUUGGACAUAGUAAAGGGGGAAUAGACGCAGCUGCUGCUUUAUCAUUACAUUGGUCUGAUUUGAAAGAUAAGGUAGCUGGAUUGGCAUUAGCACAAAGUCCAUAUGGUGGUAGUCCUAUAGCUUCAGAUAUUUUACGUGAAGGACAGCUUGGUGAUUAUGUUAAUGUGCGAAAAAUGAUGGAAAUCAUCAUCUGUAAAGUGAUUAAGGGUGACAUGCAAGCCUUAGAAGACUUGACGUACGAACGGAGGAAAGAAUUCUUGUCAAAGCACCAUUUGCCAAGAGAAAUUCCCACUGUAUCCUUCCAUACAGAAGCUGGGAUUACUCCUGCAGUCCUCGCCACACUCUCGCACGUUGCUCAUGCAGAAUUACCUUUAGUGGGUGAACCAGCAAAACUCCCAGUGAUGAUGCCUCUCGGGGCUGCAAUGGCUGCAUGUGCACAGCUGCUGCAGAUCAGGUAUAAGGAAAAGAGUGAUGGACUGGUCACGUGUCGUGAUGCUGAAGUCCCUGGGUCCGUUGUAGUGCGCCCUAAGCGUAAACUGGAUCAUGCUUGGAUGGUGUAUUCGUCGUUAAAUGACAAUCCUUCUGAAGCAGAUGCUUCGCAAGUGUGUGAGGCGCUAUUGACGUUGCUAGUGGAAGUUGGCCAGAAGAAAAGACAUGAAGUUUCAUUGAAAGAGGAAUGAAAGAGUCAUCUGAUUCCUGUGCAUUUUAUUCAUGAUGACCGUUUGAGACUUGAAAGCCUUGUAAAGAUUGUACAUAUACGUAACCAUGUCAAAUUUAGCAUUUCUAUUUAGCACGGGAUUUUGAUUGUUAUACACGUUUUAUAAAAGUUGAUAAAUAUAUAUAUCAAUUAUCGUUUUUUGGUAAA